AUGUUCACCAUCAAGGUAGCUAUUGCCACCAACUCUCUUGGGAAAUCGGCUGCAGGUCAUACAAUCCACCAGAAGCUCGAAGCGGCAAGGUCAUAUGGAUUUGAUGGUGUCGAGGUCGCUUUCGAAUGUCUUGAUGCACAUGCAAAUACUUUGUCAUCUUUAGAGUCUCGUGAAGAUCGCUUGCGCGCAGCAGCAUCGGAUAUUUUCAGCAAAGCCACGUCUCUAUCGCUCUCUCUUAUUGCAUUGAAUCCAUUUGGAGCGUAUGAUGGGCUUAAAGAAGCUCAAGACGUGGAAGACCGUCUAGUUGAGGCGGAUCUAUGGUGUCAGUUAUGUCAAAUCAUGCACAUUCCGAUUUUUCAGAUUUGUUCGGCUCUUUAUCCUCUCCAAGAAUCAAAAAUCACUUCCGAUCCCAAAAUAAUUGCUGCAAAUAUGCGAAAGCUUGGGCUGCUGGCACAAAAAUAUGGGUUACGUGUGGCCUACGAAGCACCCUCAUGGGGCAUUCACAAGAAUACCUGGCAGCAUAUUCAGGAAAUACUCGACCUAGUCAACCUUCCAAAUGUCGGACACUGCCUUGACACGUUCCACAUUGCGUCAAAAGUGGCAGGCGAUCCUUUCAACGUGGAUUCGCCUGUACGCCCAGACGGCAUGAAGCGUCUCCGAAAUAGCUUGAAGGAAUUAAAACAAACUGUUGACCCGUCCCAAAUUGUAUAUCUACAGCUUAGCGAUGCUACAGUUGCUGAUCCGAAGCAACGAGGGUACCCACGGAAAGACUUGAACCAGCCAGCAUUCAUGACUCAGUCUAGGAAUUGUCGGAUAUUCCCAUGCGAAGAAAACUACGGUGGAACUUUGCCUGUGGUGCCAGUGGCCAAGACUAUCUUUGAUAUGGGUUACUCUGGCUGGGUGUCAAUGGAAGUUUUUCAUACAGACAUGUUUGACACACGUUCUUCGCUACCUGGUUACUGGGCAGGUCGCGGUAUGAGAUCUUGGGAUGAGAUUGCUAUUCAAUGUGGACUUGGUCGUCGUGGAAAGAUGUAGCGAAAUCAUUAUGCUUUAACACAAUCUAGGUGGUGGUAAAGCCGCUGCCCGGGAAUUCCUAUUCCUGUAUCCUACUUCCGAAAUCCGGUCUCAAGACUGCAAAAUGAACAUUAAUUAUUCAAG